AUGGACAAACAUAACCUAGAUGAUAGAAUGCAAAAUUUCUCAUACAAUAGAGGGACAUAUGAUUCAUAUGACAAAUUUGAUAAAUUAUACGGAGUAAAAGGUUUGCGUACCUUUCUAGCAUUCCCAUUACAAGAACAACUGCCUCUUGGUUUGCUAUCAAACAAGGUAGUGCAUGACUUGCUGCCAAAAAUGAAACAAUUACGCAUGCUGUCUCUGUCAAGCUACAAGAGUAUCACCAAGGUUCCCAAUUCUAUUGGAAAUUUGUUAGACCUGCGGUACUUAAAUCUUUCUCACACUAAUAUUGAAAGGCUCCCUUCUGAAACAUGCAAGCUUUACCAUCUGCAGUUCUUGUUGUUGGCAGGCUGUAUAAGGUUCUUUGAAUUGCCGGAGGACAUGGGAAAAUUGAUUAAUCUGCGGUACCUUGACGUUAGUAACACCGCAUUGAGAGAGAUGCCCGUACAAAUAGCCAAACUAGAAAAUCUCCACACUUUGUCCGACUUUGUUGUCUGCAAACAUAAUGGUGGAUUGAAUAUUGUAGAGCUAGGAAAACUUCCCCACCUACGUGGAAAACUUUCAAUCUCCCAGCUACAAAAUGUUAAUGACCCCAUUGAAGUAGAUCGAGCCAAUAUAAAGAUGAAAGAACAAAUAGACGAGUUAUCUUUGGAAUGGGAUCUUGGUAGUACUUUUUUAGAUUCACAAAUUCUUGUACUUGAAAAGUUGCAACCCUCAACGAAUUUGAAAAGUCUCACCAUCAAAGGCUAUGGUGGAAUCAGCUUUCCAAAAUGGUUAGGUGAUUCUUUAUUUGGCAACAUGGUGUAUUUAAGAAUCUCGAAUUGUAAUGAUUGUUUAUGGCUUCCGCCCCUUGGAAAAUUGGGUUAUUUGAAAGAACUCAUUAUUGAAGGGAUGCAAUCAGUGGAGACAAUUGGUAUUGAGUUCUAUGGAAGUGGUGGUUCUUCAUUUCAACCAUUUCCCUCUUUGCAGAGUCUACACUUUGAGAAUAUGGAAGAGUGGAAGGAAUGGGACUUGAUUGGAGAUACGACUACAACGUUUCCUAAUCUAAAAACUUUAUCGCUAAGAAAGUGCCCGAAACUAAUAGCCGGAAACAUAACUGAAAAAUUUCCUUUCUUAACUGAACUUGAGUUAAGAGAAUGUCCUUUAUUGGUGCAAUCAAUUCCAUUAUCUGAUCAUGUAUUUGGGCAACUAAUGUUCCCUCUUAAUUCUCUUCAACAACUGACUAUAGACGGUUUUCCAUCUCUGAUGUCGUUCCCAAUAACCGGUCUACCAAAAACCUUGAAACUUCUCAUAAUCAGUAAUUGUGAGAAUCUAGAAUUCCUUCCUCACGAUAACUUGCAUAAUUAUGCAUCGCUUGAGGAAUUGAAAAUAUCUUAUAGUUGUAAUUCAAUGAUAUCAUUUACCUUAGGCACUCUCCCUGUCCUCAAGAGUCUGCUUAUUGAAGGUUGUAUAAAUUUGAAAUCGAUAUUAAGUGCAGAAGACGAGUCGGAAAAGAGUCUCUCAUUUCUUAGAAGCAUCAAAAUAUGGGAUUGUAAUGAACUGGAGUCAUUUCCCCCAGGUGAAUUGGCAACUCCAAACCUUGUUUAUAUUGCACUCUGGAAGUGUGAGAAACUUCUUUCAUUGCCAGAAGCAAUGAACAAUCUAGCUGGACUUCAAGAAAUGGAAAUUGAUAAUCUACCAAAUCUUCAAUCUUUUGUCAUAGACGAGUUACCUAGCAGGAUACAGAAACUAUCUGUUGGCUCUGUUGGUGGGAUUAUGUGGAAUAAUGAGCCAACUUGGGAACAUCUCACUUGUCUCUCGGAGUUGCGAAUUAACGGCGAUGAUAUUGUGAAAACACUGAUGGGGCCAUUGCUACCUAAAACGCUUGUGAAACUAUGCAUUUGUGGUCUUAAUGAUACAAGCAUUGAUGAGAGGUGGCUUCAACAUCUCACUUCUCUCCAAAACCUUGAGAUUAUUAACGCGCCCAAACUCAAGUCGUUACUGUGA